UCUUGGUUAAAGUCCAUGUAGGAGAGUGUUGACUCAUGGAGAUAAUUUAUGAGCGAUCUAUUGAAAAUCCCUAUGAAGAACGGUUCAAGUCCAGAGCUCCUAGGAAAUUAACGAAGUCUGAGCCUUAUGAUCUACCGCAAGUUAACAACACCACUCAGUGGAUCCGCCAGCCAUUCCUUUGGAACUUUGCUCUUGGGACUGUCAAUGACUACUCCUUUGGAACACGUCAACAGAGGAAGCUCUUUCCUCUCUACCAUCCUCCAAACCGAUUGGGGAAUUAUUUUCCCCCUCUUAGAGGAUCGCCUCACACAGGCCCUGGGCAUUACAUAUCAGAAGACUAUGGCCUGGCAUACAAGCUGUCUAAGAUUCCGACCAGUAUAAAAGGAUAUGCAAUUGGAGCCAGAACAGCUGUGAGGUUUAAGCCAGUCAAUAAGGAUGUGACACCUUGCCCAGGCAAGUACCAGAAGGCAAAUACUUCAGAGGAAAAGCACAAACAAAAUUUUGCUGCAUUCAAUGUCUUGAUGCCUCGAUCUGGACAAUUUUCAAAGGACACUUCUUAUCCUGGCCCUGGCACUUACAACCCAGAGAAGAAGCCUCCUCCAAAAGUUGCUUGGCCAAUGAAAUUUGGAUCUCCAGACUGGGCUCAGGUUCCAUGUCUGCAGAAAAGAACUCUAAAAGCUGAGUUGUCCACAGACAGAGAGUUUAGAAAGCAUCGGAACCAUGUUGCCUACUUAAGACUGUUUUACAACUGAGAUGUGGUCACUACCUUCAUGUGCUCCUCCUGACCAUAGAAUCUCCAGGAUUGAAGAUAGAGCUGUUCUUCUCCUGCAUUACUGUGCCCCUCUUAUCUGCCAGCUUGGAGCCUAGGGAGGAGCAAGGGGCUCAUAACUACUAUAUCUGAGCAUGAUAAAGACUGAUUCAGAAUGUUCUAACACCAUCUGCUGGUUUGUGAUCUGGGGGAGUCUUCUUGGGUGUUCAUAUGGGCCCACGACUACCACAGCAGUCCCAGACUCCUGAAGAAAGUGGUGGAAAUAUCUGUUUUGGGAUAAUCUAAGCUGAGAAGUGAAAUCUCCUCAUUGUUGGCAUGUCAGAGAGUAACAUUCUUUGAGGAAGAUGUCUCCCAUAAUCCAUAGGGGUUGUCCACUGGGGAAGCUCAGGUAAGUGGCCUCAACCCCAAGCCUGCAAAAACCAUUGUUAUGCAGAGACAAAAGACAUAAAGAUAUAACCAGCUGCACUGUAGAAACCUUUUCCCAUAGAAACUUCACUGCUUUAUAUUCCAUGACAUCUAUGAAGACUCUAAAUUCUUGUUCAUUGUUGCCUUGGCCCCUGGUGAUCCCCCAUAGUUACUGUGGGCUAGGAUAUAGAAUGUUCAGGUGCUUGAGUCCAUCUGAUCACAGUAUCCAGGAAGCCUCAGAGUGAAUAUGUGCAUUGGAAACAUAGGCAGAUGAUGGCAGAGGGAACUGAGACCCACCAACAAUGAAAGUCAUAAAGACCUUGCAAUGUCCAUAGCUACAGUUGACCACAAACAGAGGGAAAGGUGAAGCUGAGGAGCUCCAGGGGACUGGGAGCCCUGGCAAGGGGCCUAAGCCCCACUUCCUUCCU